AUGUUCAAUCCUUUGUGGGACCCGCCUGAACUAUGGACCUGUCCAUCAGGACCCUGCAUUCCUGGAGCUCCUCAAAUCAUUGGAGAAGUUGUUUCUGGACCCAAGUACUCAGUCCAUCUUGAUGGACCCUCCCAUGCUCGUGAUCUCACUGAUGUCGGUGACAGUGAUGAAUCUUGGCUAGAGAAAUGUUGUCUCGAUCUUGCCAUUGGUAAUUAA